CAUGCCGGGGAUGGACACAUAGAAUAACAUGCCGGGGAUGGACACAUAGAAUAACAUGCCGGGGAUGGACACAUAGGAUAACAUGCCGGGGAUGGACACAUAGGAUAACAUGCGGGGAUGGACACAUAGGAUAACACGCCGGGGAUGGACACACAGGAUAACAUUCCGGGGAUGGACACAUAGGAGAACACGCCGGGGAUGGACACACAGGAUAACAUGCCGGGGAUGGACACACAGGAUAACAUGCCGGGGAUGGACACAUAGGAUAACAUGCCGGGGAUGGACACACAGAAUAACA